CUGGAACAAGCCCCCACGAUAACAAGGAUCACAAGGAGCCUGGUGGAGAAGAGAACGUUUUUUGCAGGUAGACCCAAAGCAGAACUUCUUCCAUGGCUCUCGCUGUCAGCAUUUUCUUCUCCUUGAUGCUCUCCUGCUGCCUGGGGGCUACAGCAGCCCGGAAUUAUAAGACCAUCAUAACAGUGAAAAAUGGAGGACCAUACGGAGUUUGGGGUGCAAUUGAAUUGUGCCCUAAGGGUUAUGCUCGUGGAUUUGCACUCAAGGUACAGGCACACCAGGGUAUAUGGUAUGAUGAUACAGCUCUGAAUGGCAUUCGGCUCUACUGCACUGAUGGCAUAGUCGUUGAGUCAAAAACUGGACCGUGGGGAGAAUGGACAGAGGCUAAAUAUUGUCCCAAAGGGAACUUAAUCUCCUUCACUCUGAGAGUGGACAAACACCGAGGGAUUACUCAUGACAAUAAAGCAGCUGUCAAUGUCCGGUUCACCUGCCAAGGUGGACAAGUUCUGACAGGCAACUCACAUAAAUGGGGUGUUCUUGGCCCAUGGAGUGAUCGCUGCCGCUCUAGCGCCAUAUGUGGGCUUCAGACAAAGGUACAGUACGAUCAAGGUAGUGGUGAUGACACAGCACUUAAUGAUGUAAGAUUUUUCUGUUGUUCCUGA